GUCAAGGCUACGUUAUAUGCCAUGAAAGCCGUCUGCAGUUGGACUAAAUGGCCAUGAAGAGCAAAUAUGCGAAUGUAUCUAUUCAAGAAAACCUUUCAUGGUCGGAGUUUGUUUUCAAAAACGUCGAGGAAUAUGGAAACACCACAGCGAUUGUAAGUUUGUAAAGCUUAAUAUGUAUUCAUAAACUGUAAACCUGGAAAUAUUGCAACAGUUCCGCUUCAUGAGUUGACGGAAACUGCUAAGUUAGUUGUGCUUUACAUUAAAACCACACGAAUGAACCAAAGUGCGAUAUAUCUUUAGUCAGCUUUGAUAUUUAAAGUGGCAUUUUCGAGUUUGGAGCUGUGGAAGUUGAAUGAGUGGACAUAGCAGACAUAAGGCCUAAUCCGAUACAUCAAACUGGUAUCCCGUGCAACUUCCAGAACUUCAAUUUGGUUCAGGGUAACCUACUACCUAUAUAUAUCUCGCCAUGUUUUUGUAGUUUAUACAUUAUAUCUUGGUUACUAACACAUAGUUGGAAGACCGAACUGGGCAUUGUAACAAGUUGAAGAGCAAUAGCCCCGCCAGAUCGGGUUAAGGAAACAAACUAAGAUUGCAUGCAAUCAGUGCUUCCUUUGUCAUGCUCAAGCAACUGGAACGGAGAUGCCAAUAUUGUAAUUAGCACAGUUCUCGUUAGAAUUGAUUAUCAAUGGAUAAGGUCGGCGCUUAAGAAACCAGUAACGCUUUCCAUUUGUAUGGAAAACCCGUUAAUUGCGGGAAUAAUUCAAUUGGAACGGUUCAUCCCAGAGGACAUUUUCCGCAAAAAAUUAAUACCCUUUGAGGUAUUACCUUUUUCCCGUUUUUACCGAGAGGAUGGAAAUUCUUUAUACCUUUUGUUUGAUUAACCAGUGCCAGGCUUCCUCUUGAGGCGGAGGGUGAUUUCUUUUAACCCAGGCCCACUCGUUAGCUGGUGUUUUGCAAAUGAUACAAUUCUAACCCAUUCCCCCUUUCGGAAACUUUUUCAAAUCCGAUGCCAUUUGUCAGAAAUUUUUUACUGAAAUUUGCUAACAAAUGGUAAGCGCUCCAUUUGUUCGUGAAAAAUAAUGCUAGCUUAUAUUAAAGGUAUGGAUUGAAUUUUGUCUGCCAAAAUUUUGAAUACAUUCGACUCUUUCUUAACGGACACCUUUAAGACGUGACUGACACCAUGUAUUCCAUUUAUUUGACCCUCUAUAUGACGGACAUUACUCUUAGACAGAGACUUGAGGCAGGUCCCAAAGGUGUCCCUCCAAGAGGGAAUUUACUGUAUGAGUAAAAGGGAAAAUUAUUUAAUUAUAGUGGACAGAUCCACUCAUGUUUUUCAUAGAAUCACUUCAAUGCCUUUGUCAUGUUCAUGUUCAUAUCUUUGUUCUUUGUCGUAUUGUUCAUAGUGGAUAAUGUGUAUAAAGGGUUUCUUUUAUCGUUUGUCUCUCGAUUGUCACUUUUAAAAUGCCUUUGUUUGGAAAAUACAGUAAAUUCUGCCUUUGUUUGGAAAAUACAGUAAAUUCUCUCUUAGACGGACACCUUUGGUAGCGGCAAAAGGCGUCCGUCUAAGAGUAAUGUCCGUCUGAUAGAGGGUCAGAUAAAUGGAGUACAGAAAGGCAGGGACCAAGUCUAGGUGUUUAUUUUACCGAAGUGUCAGUCUUGUAGAGGUGUCCGGUAAGAGAAGGUCGAAUGUAAUCGUAGUCUAUUAAUCUAUUAUCCGAUAAUGUGGUUGUAUUUUUUGUUCUUCAAAGGUGUGCGGAUCCACAAAAAUCUCCUACACUUUUUCUCAAGUAAGAGAUCUAAGUAGGAAGUUUGGUUCGGCUCUAAGCAAUAGGGGGAUAAUCAAAGGUGAUGUGGUGGCGAUCUUGGCUCCGAAUGUUCCCGAGUUUGCCAUUAUAUUCCUUGGUGUGCUUCAAAUUGGUGGAGUUGUGACAGGUGUCAAUCCACAUUUCACGUGUCAAGAAUUGACCAAUCAGCUUAAGGAGUCCAAUGCAAAGUGUAUUGUUGCUAGUCGCCAAUUGGCACACCGAGCCAAGGAGUCAUCACGUGUUUUGAAAAUAGAUCACGUGUUUAUUAUCGGCGAUGAUGACGAAUGUGAGUUGGUCUCAAACCUUCUCAAAGAAGACGACUCUCACUUGCCACUUGUGACUUUCAACCCGAGAGAAGACUUAGCCAUUCUUCCGUUUUCCAUUGGUAUCAGUGGCCUACCCAAGGCUGUCAUGAUAACUCAUUACAAUUUAGUCUCGUUUGGUUCCUUGGUGAGCGCUGAAGAAUUCUUGGAUUUUAGAGAAAAUUCAAGGGUCUUCACAACCGCACAUUUCUACCAAGUCUUUGGUUCAAUAGCUGUGUUGUCUCUUUGCCUGUUCCGUGGAGCCACCCUAAUCUCCGUGCCAAGAUUUGAAUACAGCAAAGUUUUCCAUCUCUUGCAAGACCAUAAGGUGCGAAGUAGUAUUGCAAAUCGAAUGCGUACAUGGGUAGAUGGACUUUCGACUAUACCGCAUACUUAUUGCACUAAAGGAUAGCAAUCGUUAUCUGAAAAAAUAAACAGUAUAAGCUGUUCUUGCGACCACUCUCUUAAGCGACCAGCUCAAGGUGCGACCAGAAUUCCAAUGUUUUGAAAAUGGCACAAGUUUAGAAUUCCUAUGUUUGGAAAAAGGCGAAAUUUAGAAUUCCAAUGUUUGGAAAAAGCCAAAAUUUAUAAUUCAAACGUUUGGAAAAGCUAAAAUUUAGAAUUCCAAUGUUUGGAAAAGCUAAAAUUUAGAAUUCCAAUGUUUAAAAAAGCUAAAAUUCAGAAUUCCAAUGUUUGAAGAAAGGGGAAAUUUAGAAUUUCAAUCUUUGAAAAAAGGCGAAAUUUGAAAUUCCAAUGUUUGGGAAAAGCAAAAAUUUAGCAUUCGAAUCUUUCGAAAAAGGCGAAAUUUAUAAUUCCAGUGUUUGGAAAAGGCAAAAUUUGGAAUUCCAAUAAUUGGAAAAAGCCAAAAUUUUGAAUUCGAAUGUGUGGAAAUACCAAAAUGUAGAAUACAGAUAUUUCGGAAUUGCCGAAAUUUACAAUUCCAAUGUUUCGAAAAAGCCAAAAUUUAAAAGUCCAAUGUUUGGAAAAAGGCCAAAUUUAGAAUUCCAGUGUUUAGAAAAAGUCAAAAUUUAGAAUUUCAAUGUUUGGAAAAAGCCAAAAGUUAGAAUUUCAAUGUUUGGAAAAGCCAAAGUUUAGAUUUCCAAUGUUUGGAAAAGGUAAAAUUUAAAAUUCCAAUGAUUGGAAAAAGCCGAAAUUUAGAAUUCCAAUGUUUGGAAAAGUUAAAUUUUUGAAUUCUAAUGUUUGGAAAAGCCAGAAUUUAGAAUUCCAAUAUUUGGAAAAUUUAGCAUUUAGAAUUCCAAUGUUUGGAAAAACCAAAAUUUAGAAUACCAAUAUUUGGAAAAGACAAAACUUGAAAUUUGAAUCUUUUUAAAAAGCCAAAAUUUAGAAUUUCAAUGUUUGGAAAAAGCCAAAGGUUAGAAUUUCAAUGUUUGGAAAAGCCAAAAUUUAGAAUUCCAAUGUUGGGAAAAGCCAAAAUUUAAAAUUCCAAUGUUUGGAAAAGGCGCAAUUUAGAAUUCCAAUGUUUGGAAAAGGCGCAAUUUAGAAUUCCAAUGUUUGGAAAAAGCCAAAAUUUAGAAUUCCAAUCUUUGGAAAAAGGCAAAAUUUAAAAUUCCAACGUUUGGAAAAAGCCAAAGGUUAGAAUUUCAAUGUUUGGAAAAGCCAAAAUUUAGAAUUCCAACGUUGGGAAAAAGCCAAAAUUUAAAUUCCAAUGUUUGGAAAAGCCAAAAUUUAGAAUUCCAAUGUUUGGAAAAAGGCGAAAUUUAGAAUUCCAAUGUUUGGAAAAAGCCAAAAUUUAGAAUUCUAAUGUGUGGAAAAGCCAAAAUUUAGAAUUCCAAUCUUUGGAUAAAGGCAAAAUUUAAAAUUCCAACUUUUGGAAAAAAUCAAAAAUUUAGAAUUCAAGUCUUUCGAAAAAGGCCAAAUUUAAAAUUCCGGUGUUUACAAAAAUGCGAAAUUUAGAAUACCAAUGUUUGGAAAAAGGAGAAAUUUAGAAUUUAAAUGUUUGGAAUAAGCGAAAAUUUAGAAUUCCAAUGUUUCGAAAUGGCCAAAAUUUGGAAUUCCAAUGUUUAAAAAAGCCUAAAAUUUAGAAUUCCAAUGUAUGGAAAAGGGAAAAUUUAGAAUUGCAAUAAUUGGAAAAAGCAAACAUUUUGAAUUCCAAUGUGUGGAAUUGCCAAAAUGUAGAAUACAGAUGUUUGGAAACUGUCGAAAUUUAAAAUUCCACUGUUUCGAAAAAGCCAAAAUUUAGAAUUCCAAUGUUUAGAAAAACGCAAAAUGUAGAAUUCCAAUCUUUGGAAAACGCCAAAAUCAAAAUUGCAAAGUUUGAAAAGGCAAAAUUUGGGAUUCCUAUGUUUGGACAAAGCAAAAAUGUAGAAUUCCAAAGUUUGGAAUAGCCAAAGUUUAGAAUUCCAAUGUUUGGAAAAGCCAAAGUUUAGAAUUCCAAUGUUUUUAAAUAGCAAAAUUUAGAAUUUUUAAUUAAUGUUUGAAAAAGACCAAAAUUUAAAAUUCCAAUGUUUGGAAAAGCUAAAAUUUAGAAUUCCAAUGAUUGAAAAGAGCAAAAAUUUAGAAUUCUAAUGUUUGGAAAAAACAAAAUUUAGAAUUCCAGUGGCUGGAAAAAGUGGACGUUUAGGAUUCGAAUGUUCGGAAAAAGCCAAAAUUUAGGAUUCGAGUGUUUGGAAAAGCCAAAGUUUAGGAUUCCAAUGUUUGGAAAAGACAAAAUUUAGAAUUCCAUUGUUUGGAAAAAAACAAAAUUUAGAAUUCCAAUGUGUUGAAAAGCUUAAGUUUAGAAUGGCAAUGUUCAGAAAAGCUAACAUUUACAAUUCAAAUGUUUGGAAAAAGUUAAUAUUUGGAAUUCCAAUGUUUGGAAAAAAGAAAAUUUAGAAUUCCAAUGUUUGGAAAGAGGGGAAAUUUAGAAUUGGAAUGUUUGGAAAAGGCCUAAAUUUAGAAUGAAGGCGAAAUUUAGAAUUGCAAUGUUUGGAAAAAGGCGAAAUUUAGAAUUUCAAUGUUUGGAAAAAGCCAAAAUUUUAAAUUCUGGCUUUUCCAAACAUUGAAAUUCUAAAUUUUGUAAGAAAUUAAGGGUAAACGAGACGAAAUUAAGUGUACACGAGUCAAGGAUUCAUUUAUGAGUCCUGAGUCACAUUACUUUAACCGUUACCUAGUCCCUAGUCCUACCUCUAAAGAAAAUCCAAAGCCUAACCAUGACCUCUAAUCUGGCUCGCAACUUGACUUGUAACUCUUAGUGAGUCAUAAUUUUGAUAAAACAAGAUUUCUCCUUCGUUUGAACUGUAGCGACUGUUCGAGCGUCCAAGAUUUAAGCUUCUUACAUUGGUUUGCAGGUGACUCAUCUUGUAACAGAGGCGUCAACAGUGCAUGCGAUAUCUAAACAUCCAACGGUCGACAAUCACGACUUGACCUCACUAACCCAGAUAAUAUCAAGUUCUUCUUCGUUAAGCAAGGAGACGUCAAGAAAUGUGAUCAAACGUAUACCUCGAUUGAAAAGAAUCAGUCAAUGUGAGUGAACCCUGUAUACACUGGCAGAUACAGGGGAGGGGCCCGGGAGGCCCGCCCCCCCUUGUGUUUAGACCAAACUGAGGCCCGAGGGGCCGAAAAAGUUUUUUUUGUGACCGUCCCCCUCCUCCUCCUUUAUCUGGAGGUCUGGAUGCGCCACUGGUAUGAACACAUGACAUUAUCACUAUCCCUGUCGUCCCUUUAUUGUCCUUACUUCUUGUUGCUAUUUCCUUCGCCUUCCUUCGCUUCGCUUCCUCUCCUUUUCCAGUGACAGUCUUUCCAUCGUGUCUUUUUUUGUUCAUUUUACUCUCAAUAUAAUUCAAUAUAAUUUAAGAACAGUGGAGGCGUGUGUGGCCGAGCAGUCAACACCGCGUUGUUUCCUUAGACAAGGAAGUUUACUCCACUUUGUCUCUCUUCACCCAGGUGUAUAAAUGGAUGUCGGCGACAUACUGCUUGGGGGUAACCCUGCGAUGGGCUAGCAUGCCGUCCAGGGGGGAGUAGCAAUACUCCUAGGCUUGCUUUCUGCUACGGAAACCGGAAAAAGGCUCCGGCCGUGUAGGCCUUUGGCUCGAGUGCGCCUUUACCUUUUUUUCAUAAUUUAAGAACACGCUGGGCAAAGUUCGUCCGGUUUGCCAACAGAUUUGUUCCUGAAAAUCUGUUUGAUGAUUAUACGUUUUGCUUUGUUGAGCAUCUGAAUUGGAUACGUUCUCGAAAUUAGUUUAAUUACAACCUCUAAAAAUAACUUUAGUGAAAUUCAGAUAUCCCGGCCAACGCAAACGCCCGAAGAAUCCCUCUCUGUCGCAUUAUUCUCUGUUAAUCCGACUUAGAUAAAUAAACUCAAAACAAGGCUCAUCUCCGUAAACUAUAUACUACUCAUGCACAUGUGCAAGCGACGAAGUGAAGAGGAAUCUAGUGCCUGAAAACUGAUCGUUAUGUUCAGCAGGUUACAGCAUCACAGAAUGCACUUCUAUUAGUCACAUGACCUCGCCAAUGGAUGCAAAAGACGGAUCAGUAGGGGUUCUUCUUCCAAACCUUGAGUGUAAGGUAAAGAAAUGAUAUGCUUAUAAAGUAACAUGACAGAAAUAGAUGGGAGAUGAAGGUGGCGGCUAUUUGGAAUUGUGAAGACUUUAUUACCGUGUUUUAAAUUCGCCAUUAAUAGCGCUGUGCACAGAUUCUAAAAAUAGUCUACGUCUGAUAAGACCCCCAGCAUGACUCAGACAAACUUUGCUUCUCACUCAAAGGCUUUAGAUGCGCGUUUACUGAGUGUGGAGUCAAAUUAUCGGGAUAUGGUAAACAACAAGCGUUACAGCUGGGAAGAAUGUGAGAGGGAGUCAAGGAUCCCUGAAAAAGUGGUCUGAGUCACUAAAUAAAUGCGCGAAAUCCGGAAGGAAAGCGAAGUACACUGUGUUUUGUAGCAGUGAUCUGACAGCCGGGAAAUGUUUUGAAAGUGUUAGAUACGUGACAGUCUUAAAUUUAUUCCAUUUUCACGAAUUCUCCGAUUGAAUUCUUCUAAAAGCAUAAAAUGCUUCUGUAGAAAUCACAAGCGAUUUCAAGUAUUGCCCUUGGUUUGAGGUAGACUAAAUCGUCGACCUUGGGUAUUUUGUGAAUUCUCGUUGUUUUCAACACCUCACCGGCAUGACGCAAAGAGUCAGUUUUCAGGAUAUCCCGAAAAAUUAUCAUCGAAACCUGCCUGAAACAUUUGAUGUUUGUUCGCAAACGCCAAGCAACUCUAAAACAGGGUUGGUCUUGUAGUGGACGAAUUCCCCAAGCUUGAGCAUAUUCGAAUCUCGAAUCGCGGGGACGGUAUACUGUAAACCGGAACGGCUUAGUAGUCUAAAUGUAAACUACGUACGUCUCUCUGUUUUCACGAAAAACUUAUCGAAUAUGUGGUACGACUACGACUCUUUCUACUUCGGCAAGGGAAUCGAAAUUUCUACACAAUCAUCGAAGUUGAUGAGAAUUCUUUGAAAACAUUUACCGCCUGGGCUGCAAAUAAAGUAUCGAGACAGCGUUUAAAAGUUCUCUAAUUUUCCGCUCUGCUUCAAUCCUUUGCACUUGAGCAAUGUUUUGAUUUGUUCUACAUUGUAUUUUGCCUGGACUUUCCUCGAAUUUCGAAACUGGAGCGCUAAAACGACGAGCAGAACUGAUCGCAAACUCUGCGUUUCCAUACAGCGUUCUUGCGACCUCUACCAGGAAUGGCCAAUGUUUGUCUGAGUCUCGGUGGGGGGGUCACGUUUUUGUGACGUCAUCUGUACGCAGCGCUAUUCGCAAUUAAUUUGUCAUGCAAUAAAACCACUUAGUCUCAGACUCGCCGCUAAAAAGAAUUCAGUUUUCUUUACCCUUGGCUUCAUUCUCAUUGAAUUUUACUACCUCUUUGGAACCUUGAAUAAAUAGAAAAAAAAAUAGAAAACUGAUCGGGUCUGAAUCAGGUCAAAUUGUCAUAAAGGGAACGCAGAUGUUUGUGAUAUCUUUCUUCCGGAUAAUUUUCUAUUGAAGGUGUGUGAUGUAACUACAGGUCAAACACUGGAUCGCGGACAAUGUGGUGAAAUUUGUGUCAGAGGGCCGACGGUAAUGAAAGGUGAGUUCUAUUGUACUGUCCCACAGGCACUAACGCAAUAACUCUCUUAAAACACGCCAGCAAAGUUCAGGUCCCGGUUGUUUAUAAGCGAAUAGCAUUAUUCACCGAAUAAAUAACUAUCCAGACUAUUAAAGAAACCAAUUACGCUUUCCAUUGGAUAGAUAUUUUCUCAGUGAAUAGCGUUAUCCACCUUUGGAACAAAUUGACUUACUUGCUGUGGGCUAACCUGCUUAAAAAGACCGAGGAGUUGACCUCCAUCUAGAGGCCAGGCGAGGUUUCAAUUUUAGCCCCUCCUUUUUGGCCGUUUUGAAGAUCAAGAGUGAGACUGAGUCGGUGUUGUGUCGAAUUACACUAUGGGACCGUUUUAGAGACGUCAUCUCCUCUUUUAUUGGCUGUUACGAGGUUGCGCAGGAAACUGGGUCGAAAUUCCUCCCCCCAAACAGUCCCAUAGUGCAAUUCGAUACGACACGGACCCAGUCGCCAGCUCAACUUCCAAAAUACAGCCAAUAGCAAUUUUGUCUCCUUUCCACGCAAGGCGACUGGACAGUUCUUACGACAACAACCGGAUAGUUCAGGGAAUAAAUAAAACACGGCUUUGCAUAUAACUGGAUCUUCUAGCAAUCAUUUGAACCAAUUAAUCAUUUCUUUUUAGAUAAUCUAAUACAGAAUAGCGGAUUUAAGACUGAAGGUUUCAAUUUAUUUGGAACCUAGUUUUUGAUAAGAUUCACUGGCGCAUGUGUUCUGUGGACUUAAUUCAUUCUAUACCUCUCACGCGCCCGGGUUUUCUUAUUUUCUUCAUUUUUCUUUAUCUCUUGGUUGCCUUCAGGUUAUUUGAAAAGCCAAGAGGCUACUGAUCUUAUGAUCGAUAGAGAAGGCUGGCUUCACACUGGUGAUUUGGGAUACUACGACCGAGACGAACAUUUUUUCAUCGUCGACAAAAUAAAAGAUCUUAUCAAAGUCAGAGGGCACCAGGUGGGUCUUAACUUUCUUACACAGACCCUCGACAAGAAAAUAGAACGCGCAAGCUUUCACUAGUUUACAGCGGUAGAAAUCUAAAAACUUGCACUCUGCGGGUCGUAGAAUAAAUUUUAAGUAGUAUAUGUAUGCUCAUGAAAAAUAGUAUAAAAAACGUCACAAUUUCCCACUCCAGAAACCAUAAGGGAAAUGGCUACAAGCUUUCGGCGCAACGAUUUCUGGAAUCAUUUGGCUGGACAAGCAGUCCUUGUGAUUGGUUAAUGGUUGCCUUGAGUACCAUCAACCAAUCUUAACUAUUGCUUGUCCACCCAAACAAUCCCAGAAAUGGUUGCGCCGACAGCUUGCACCCAUUUCCCUUAUAGUUUCUGAAGAGGGGAAUUGGACAGAAUGUGCUGCUUUCCCGAAGGGUCAUCUUGCGACGAGUUUGAGAGCAACUGUGCAUUGCCCAGUGGUGAGAAAGCUCGCGCGGCCUGCCGAUGUGACGAAGGUUCAAAUACCGAAGGCGUGGUCAUAUGUGGGUUGAGUUCGUUAGUGGUUCUCGUCUUUGCUCUAAAAGGUUUUUCUAUAGGUGCGCUAGUUUCCCUUCUCUUUCAAAAUCAGCAACUCCACAUUCCAACUCGAUUAAGAAUGUGGUAAAAGAAGAACCAGUCCAUAUUCCGGCUCCAUCAGAGAGAUAUGGUGUACGAAGAACUAGUAAGUAGGGUUGCUACUUCUGAAUUAUCAUUACGGUAUAACAUUAUUUAUUUAUUAAUAUUAUAUUUAUUAUAUUUUUUCCCUGUAUUUCACCCAGGUUUCCCCAUCAGAACUCGAGGUUCUCCUCAGGGCCCACCCGGCCAUUGAAGAUGCAGCGGUUGUUGGAGUCUCAGACCCCCAGAUUGGAGAACUACCAAUGGCAUAUGUUGUAAGCAAAAAUGAGGACGAACUUACUGAAAUGGAAAUAAUGCAAUAUGUGGACGAAAACGUUGCACCUCACAAGAGGCUACGAGGUGGAGUGGAUUUUAUCUCUACCAUUCCAAAAGCUGUAAAUGGUGAAAUACUUCGAGCUGAAUUGAGAGAGCUGUACAAAAGAAACAAGUCGAAAAUGCAGGCACGAAGAGGAUCGUUGCCUUGGAAUGAGGAAAAACGUUGGUCUUCAAAGAGACACUCUAUAAUGGGUCCUAGCUCAAGAGCACAGCAUCGUGGUACAGUUUCAGAAGAAAUACCCAGAAAUGUGGCCCGAUCACAAAGUUGUGCACUUCUGUAAAUAAAAUGUUUUGUCUUCGUAAUCUAUGAGCGACACAUUAAAAACAGACUUUAUAAAUAGUUCUUGAUGAAGACCUGAGCUAGAGGGAGAGAUUUUAACGUCUUCAUAUCACAAUUUCCGGGUCUUGGCUCAAUUGAUCGGUUAGGAAUAAAAACGUAGCAAUUGAUUCAAUAAGGCAAUCCGCAAACUCAGGUGGUAGUGGGAUAUGUGUGUAUGAACCUUACACUGUUUCCACCUCGAAAUUCAGGGCGGCCGCCAUCAUAAUUGCCAUAUUAUUAUCUAACAAAUCACCUGGCUUUGAUAAAGACAAUAUUAAAAACUUCCCGCAAAAAAGUACUGACCUUAUAAACACCUAGUCCACAGAAGGCUGCAUCCCUAUAACUUGGAAGUUGGCUGAAGUCGUUCCUCAUCUAAAGAGAGGGGAACGUGAGAUGGCAACCAAUAAUCGACCUUUCUAUCACUACUACCGACCUUGUCCAAAGUUAUUGAACUGAUAGCGCAUUAGCAGUGUGUAAUUACUUUAUCUUUAAGGGCAAAUUGUCCAUCAAAAACCACUCAAUA